CGAAUGCUUGUCUCUCGAAAUGUACGAAACACAUCGCCGCGGCACCGCGCUAGACGAGUACCUGGCAUCUGUGAGCGAUGAGCCGCUCUUUCACACCAACACCAAGCACACCGGCUCCCCCACAGGUCUUAGAGACUUGAAGACCAAGGUACUGCAGAGGGUUCUACCACUCAUUGUUAGUUGCAUCCAUCGUGCAGCGCCAUCGCACAUCAAGACGGACGUGCUCAAAACGUUGGCGUUCGCCCAUUCUGUUCAAAGCACGCAUGCAGAUGAGAUGAAGAGACACCAGUCUAAGUUUCCUCGCACCGUUGGCAAGCCAUCAACUCAACAUCCCGCUUCGUUGUCGUUCGAACAGUCAUUCCCUGACGUUGUGCAAGCUCGAAUUCUCCAUCUGUUGUACAGCGCAGUCGCAUUCGCUGCCAUCACAACGACCUUCCUUACACAUGACGCGACUAUUACCUGGCCAUCGUGGCAGCAAUCGACAUCAUUUGCCGUCGCUGGACUCGCACUUCUUCAUGUGCUCUUCCCCUUGAUCGAUCUCGUGGUCAUUUUUUUCUACGUCGUGUGGUAUCGUCGCCAGCGCCAGUACGUCGCCAGCCAACUCGCACUCUUCCACGAUCGAAAGCAAACGCUCGAGCUUCGUUGCAACAACGUACUUCGCCAAAUCAAAGCCGCUGCGGCCGCACAGCGUGGCUAUCUCUUGGAUGACGCGUGGAUGCCGCCUAUCGGCCGCCUCGAAGCAAACGAGUCUAAGCCGUCGUUGAGCUGUGUCGCGGUGCGCCAGAUGUUGUACAAUGUGUACACUUUAAUCGCAGCCGCCAGUGCUGGCGGCUUGCCGCACGAGAAUCCCAUCGUGCGCACUACGUCGACCAGCAGCCCAUCCCUGUUGCUCAUGGCGCUGUCCAACCAGCACACUGCGACAAUGGAGUUCCUCGAGCAAAGUCUGGUAAAUUGGCGAGCAAAAGUUGAGUCCCCGCUCGAGCUGGAGCAAGUGCUUUGCGAGGUCCAGCAAUGGCUGGUCUCGUUGCACCAAGCACUGCUUCUCGUAGACGAUACCACGUGCGUGGACGUUCCAGUCGUCACCACUUCGAUCAACAAGGCUGACGCGCAGCCACUGCAGUUGACGACAAAUGGCGCGGUCCACCACGCCAGGGUGCUUCAGAGCACAAUGAAGACCGCCUUGGCCGUGCUCUUUGCUACAGAGAGCGACACCGGUUUUGAUACUUCGGCGGGCCGAGAACGCACCAUGCAAAGCCUGGCACGAGUGGGCGAUCUCUUGGACGCGGCACAGGUUGCUUGGGCCAAGUGGCAAGCUGCCGUCUUGGAGGAGAAUCGACUGACAAAAUCUCCAGUGGAAGAAACAACCGAUGCGCCGGAAGUGCAAGAGAACCCGCGCGCAACUGCACCUAUCGACGACGACGACGCGGCGGCCCCAAAUUACACAGAAGUGUUUACCGCCGUGAGCACGGGACUGGUAGACCGCGACGUUCGCCCAGACCAGGUUCGCGUCGGUAGUGCCUCGCUCCUUCAAUCGUUUGACCGAGUCGUGCACGAGUUGCAUGACGUCCUUGUUCGACGGCCGCUGCCGGAAGAGCGCGUUCAGGGUGCAGACACGCACGUCCCGCUCCUCUCCAAGCCAACUGAAGAGCAUACAGUCGUCACUAAGUCGCCCGCUUUCGUUCUGCCCGCGACCGUCUCGUCGGAGCUCCAAGCGGCCUUAUUCCAGUUACAUCGUCGGCCUGCUGCAGAUGAAGAAUUCCUCAUCUGUGAUGAAAGCGACUAGAAAAGAUGAAUAAUGUGGCCGUAUAGUAGCCUCGUUAGCCUGUUGUGGGGGGGGGAGACCGGGUGCUGUGUGAGGUCCCUG